UUUGCAUAUUCAUAACGAUGCAGAAAAAAUGCAUACGCGAUUAGUGGUGUUAGAAGCUCGAUUGUUACGUGUAUCUCCAGCCGCGACGGAAUCGUGACGCGAUGGAAUGCUCCGUAAAUGUUGAUAUUGGCCACUUCGACUUCACUAUCGAUGAAUGCUUGUCUCACGUCCUUGAACGUCAUAAAAACGCGAUUAGGGUCAAUUCAUUAGCGCGAAUACGUGACAAAAUCGGCUUUUGCAUUAUCAUAUAUGUAACGUUUGAGUAAUUUUUCAAAUAUUUUUAGUCUUGGCGCAGGUGCCAGUGUUACAAUCCUCCAACACUUCAGAAGCUUCAUCUUGAAUCAAAAAUGAGGCGCAAGAGCGAAAGAAACAAGGGGAAAGCGUCCCCGGAGAAGAAAGUGGAGAAGCCAACGAGAAAAUCAACACGAAGAAGAGGCAAGAGGUCUCCGUCAACAUCGCCCGAUCGAGAAAACAGCAAUGACACAGUUGCAAUAAUGGCACGUGAAAAUGAAGGCGAAACAGCGUCUCAGUCGCAUUUAGCGGGUCGAGACAUUGAGAAAUUAAAUGAAACAGCGAAGAGUAGCGUAACUUCAACAGAAAUUUCAAUCAUCAAGGAGGAGGAGGAGCAAACUACAGAGGCUGGCUCAGUAUGGAAAGUGGCUAGAGCAGAUGCGUCACCUGGAGAGAUACAGAAAUUAAAAUUAUGCAGACAGCGCAAUAUGUCAGAAACAUCGGAUGCUUCGUCGAGCAGGAAGAGAAGUAGCAAAUGGCAUGAGGGCAGCGAAGGUAUAACGGAGGAGAUUGAUUCAUCCGAUGAGCGUACGACGGUGGGCUCAUCAAAGACCACCGUUGAGGAUGCUCCAAGGACCGAAGAGAACACCUCCGUUGUACAAGGUCGGGACUCCAGCGAAGAGGUAAGUGAUAGCAAGGAGUUCCCGCCCGAAAUCGCAACAGCCGAAUUGUCUGACGUGAAACCAAACAUAGAUUACGUGGAUCAAGGUGAGACGAGCCAGACGACUAUUGUUAUUAACGCGAAUGUGCGUCAAGAUGAUGCUAAACCGAGCGAUGCUAUUCCUGAGCCAAGCGGUGGCGAACUGAAGUCGAGCGUCAACGAGAAUCCUGACGGAAACAAGCACGAUGAGGAACAAAUCUCCAACGAAGCGGAGACCGAGAGGCAAAUUGAGAAGGAAGCUGAGAAGGAGAAUAAGGAGAAAGAUAACAUUGAGGAUCAUAUAAAUACGGAGAUCAAAGUCGUCCCUAAUGACCAACAAACUUUUGAUCGUUGUUCCAAAAACGAGAAUGAAACGAGCCUUGAAGAAAGUGCUAAAACAACCGACGAUAACAAUGAUCUUCGAGAUUCCAAAGAAUCCAGCAGCGACGAGAACGAACUCGAACAUGAAAAACGUCGAGACAUCGUUCCAUUAAAGAGACAACGAGACGAUACUUCCGACGAUAAUUCUGAGGAUAACGAUAAAAAAGAAAAAGUUACUAAAGCACCUUUGCCACGUACAACCAGCAGGAGAAAGCAUCGGGACAAAUAUCGCGAUUCGUCCAAUUCCGAUACCGGCGAAUCCGAGGACGAACCCGAACGAGAUAACAAGAGAAGUAAGAGGAACGUCCUCGAGGAAUCUCGUUCUACCAGAGAUCACUCGCCCAACAUCGAAGAAUCCAAUUACAAUAAAGAUAUUUCACGAACGCCCGAGAUUCGACCGGAGUCACCGACUCGCAACGAUAUUCCUACUGAUAAUGAAAGAAAAAUCGUUGAGAAUGAUAAGUCCAAGACGAACGAUGAUAAUGAACGAAUCGAACAAAUUCCUGCAGCUAAUGCUACUGUUGUACAGGCACAAACUAAUUACAAACCUGCUAAAGUCAACUUGAAGAGAUCAUUCGCUGCUAGACCAUCGGUAGAAUCCGUGGAAUCAAAGAAAAAUGCUCCUGAUAAUGAGGCCAACGAUCUUGCCAAUCAAGAUAAGGAGAAUCACGCGAGCGGCGAGCAAAAUGAUGUUAAGUCCAUUCCAAAGAAACGCCGUUGGGGAACGAUUCUCACACCAACCGACCCUACGCCAGCAUUUUCGGUUUCAACGGAAUCUCUCAAGGUUCUUGUACCAGGCGCCAAGCCCCUGCCCAUCAAUGAGGUUCGUCUCUCGAAGGACGACGACGAGGAGCGAGAUCGUCGAAAUCAACGAGAGAAACGUUACAGUACGAGUGAAUCUGGUACAGAGCAUAAAUCACGCGAUGAUGAAAAACCGAAGAACGCGGAAUCAAAGAAAGAUUCUAAAGGAGACAAUCACAUCGUUUCAAGGCGGAAAAUCUCCAUUGUGAAGGACACGCAACACGCCAAAUCUCCGAGUCCUCCUGCCGCUGUACCCACGAGCAUACUUCUUAUUAAAAAUCUGGUUCGACCCUUUACUUUGAAUCAAAUUCGGGAACUUUUGUCGCGUACUGGAACCAUCGUAGAAAAUGGGUUCUGGAUGGAUCGCAUUAAGUCGAAGUGUUUUGUAGAGUAUUGCAACGAGGAUCAGGCGUUUGAGACGAGGCAAGCCCUUCAUGGAAUAUCGUGGCCAGUAUCAAAUCCAAAAAAAUUAAUAGUAGAAUACGCCACAAAGGAAGACAUGGAAAUGGCACGCGAGCUUGCGAAGGAUCAACCCGCGUCACGGAAAACUGAGCCACUGGCGGUGAACGAUGGAUGGCAGCAGGAUUGGGCCCGAGAUGAGAGAACGAAUUCCACGACGAAGGUAACGGUCGUCAGGGAAUGGGAUUUAGGCAAGGAGGAUGGUCAACAUUUUGCAAAGGAUAAGGAGCGCGAGAAGAAGGAGCUUGAAAAAAAGAGACGGCAAAGGAGUCGAAGUCCAACGUUAGAAGCACACCUUCCAGCGCCAGCUCGAAAAUUCAAAAAGAAGGAAGAUGAUCCACCACCUGCGAAGCUACUUGAUGAUCUUUUCCGAAAAACCAAAGCUACACCGUGCAUAUAUUGGCUACCACUUACCAAUGAGCAGAUCGUGGUGAAGGAAGAGAUGCGGAGACAGCACAUGGCAGAACACGCUCGUAGACUGGAGGAAAUGAGACGCGCAGAAAGGAAUCGUGAUGCGCGUCGUCGCCGCAGUCCACGAAAAUAAAUACAAUCCACACGUUUUUCCUCCUUCUCCUCUCUGAUUUUCUUUGCACCCUCGGUUUUAUAUUAUACGUGCCGUCAAGUGGGGAGGGGUCAAAGAAAUAUUGGUCAUCGUCGUCGAGACGAUUCAGGGCGAGGGGAUGAUCAACGGAGAUACUAUACGAUCUUGAGUGGGUUGAGUUUCUCUUGAUUAUCUCGCCUUCCCCCUCCCCUCGACAAUAAAGUCCGUUUUGUCGAGAUAAGCUAAAAAGCAAAAUAAAAAAUAUACGUUGUGUGGACGCCUAUUUGUUGAACGCGAUAUUAUUUAACGGUGGAAUUGAUCAUUACCGUUUGACAUGAUCAUGACGAUGAGCAAUUAUCGUUCAAUUUCGUUGCAAUUAUUUCGUAGAUCUAUCCGACGGGAAUUUUGGUACCGGUACGAAUCGACGGCCUCUCCAUUUAUAUCCUUUCUCUAUUGCCUCAAAAAUUUGUUUUCUCAUCAAUCAUCCGAUGAUUCUCUAAAUAGUUUUUUUUUUUUAGCCAUUCAAUUACGGAUUUGUUUACGUCCACGUUCAUUCAAUUGCCCAUGUUCUUCUUCCACUGUGUAACUCGAGUGAGCGCGAUAUCCCUCGCGCCUUCGGGCGUGCAUGAUCUCCCGAAAACUCGAGGAAAUUUCCCAGGAAUUCCCGUAUUCUCAGCAUUAAAAAGUGCUUCUUGCAGGUCGUCCACGUACGCCUCUCUGACAUUCGUCAUUGGCGCCACUAAUACGAAUUCUCUGUGGUUUGACGGAGGACCGCUAUUGAUUAUUACGAAUAAUCGUAAUGCAGCGAGCAACGUGGGAUUCUAUAAUAUAAAGAGAUUAUAUAUUGAAAUGAAAACUAAGAUGUGAAUCCAUCAUCAUCCGAAACAUAGUAUUGCGUAACAGCUAAUCGGAGUUCUGGUACAGCUCAUGAAUAGACCCAAUUUGUAACCCAACAGUAGGGAAAUAUAAUAAAAGUGACACUUUUUCUUUCUUCAAUUAUAAACGUGCAAAUUCAAAUCACUAGUUACCAUCGAAAUUGCUUAACCAUAAGCAUCAGGAAUAACAGUGAAUAUGAUAAAUAUUCAAAAUCCGUAGAUACACGAAUGAACAGAAAUUUUCAAACGUAGUUUCAUUGUAAAAUCGUGAAACAAGAGACACAGAAAACAAAAAAACGCGAGCCAGAAGCGAGAUGUUUUUACUCUCACUGCUAUUAUCAAAGUCACGAUAAACUAGUGAUAAUAGAUUUUGAGUAACAAGAAAUUUGUCUUUUAUAUGGAAAUUGGAGUUUUGUGGACGAGAGGCACCUAAGUUGGUGGGCGUUGGGUCAUCUGAGAGUCCUUUGAGUAAUUCAUCGAGAUUGAAAAUAUUUUGACUUCGUAGAAGAAAAAGUCUUGAGCCACGAAUUUUGCUCGUACGCUAGUACGUUUUAUGUGAAACAAAAAAAACAAAUCAAUCAGCAAUUAUAUAUUAUAAUUAUAAAAACAAAUCUUAAGGAAAACACAAAAUGAAAAUAGCGUGCGAACGUUUAGGAAUAUUGUCGCUUGUAAGCGUAAUCGCACUGACAUUCAAAGAGAAUCAUUAAUAAUUAAAAAAAAAAAAUAAAAAUAGACACAAGACCCGCUGUAAAUAAAUAUGUCGGAAUUCCAUGAUUUCAUGUGUAAAAUUUAUCAAUAAACACCAAAAUAAGACACA